ACAAAGUAGUUCAAAGAUCAAGUUCAAAGGAUUACGCUUAGUUAAUUAAAUUACAUAUAAGUUUAUCAAUAAAUUGAAUUAAUUCAAUGUUCGUAAGAAAUUUUUGAUUAUUAUAAACGAAAGGUGGACAUUUUUAUUAAAGCUAGUCGUUAAAUCAUGUUUAAAUUAAUACCUGAUUUUGCACCAGGACCUUUGGACUUGUUUAGAAAAAGGACUUCUUUCAAUUGGAAAAAAUUAAAAGUGUUUUUAGAUACAGAAGAUAUCAUCAAAUACGAGGUAAGUUAAUUAUAACAAUUAUUUCAAAAUUUAAUUAUAUAAAAUUCGUAUGUUCAUUUUUUAUUACGUAUACAUUAUUUGUAGAUAUUAAUUAUUUAACUAAGUUGAUUUAAAACGUGUUUUUUAGAUGCUUUUACAUAAUUUGACGUAAACAUGUUUAUUAAUUGAAACUUUCUAAAUAACUGGAGAUUAUAGUGAAACUUCUUAUGUAUUAAUACUUGAUUAUAUCUCCAAAUGUCGCGAUAACUUUUGAUAAAAGUUCAAGUAGUUCAAAGUUUAAUAAUUAAAAAAAUCUUCCAUUGAUUAAAACUAAAAAGACACGUCUAUAAUUUAAGUGAUCACAAUUUUACUUGUAACAUAUAUAAGUUAACCUCUAAUCUUAAAAAAAUAUGUCGCAUCUACUACCCAAUUUCCCAUCAGGACCUUUAGAUGUUUAUAGAAAAAAAACUUCCUUUGACUGGAAGAAAUUGAAAGUUUUUGUUGAAACAGAAGAUGUCGUAAAAUUUCAGAACGAAUUGAUAAAAAUUCUCGAAAAUAACCCGAUUUAUAAUGUCGAGAAUUUAACAACAAAAUCUCUGGAUGAACAGAGAAAAAUUGCAUUUAUGGCUGCUUGCCACCAAAGCACAAUACCUCAGAUGAAAUUGUUAAACAUGUUAGACAAUGUAAAACGAUUUAUAGCUACAUGUAGAAUAAUGACAGUCGUGACUGAUGCUUCUUAUAUCAAAAACACCGUGGGUAAUAGUCUAUUUGUUAGUUCCAUAAUGAAUAUGGGAACAUCUAGACAUGAAAAGUUCAUGGAUGACGCAGAAAAUGGAAAAAUUCUAGGUUGUUAUUGUUUAACUGAAAUCGGUCACGGUAGUAACGCAAGAGGCAUGCGUACCACCGCUACAUACGACAAAAAUAAAAAAGUUUUCGUUAUAAACUCACCAGAUUUCGAAGCAGCUAAAUGUUGGGCCGGCGGUUUGGGACAAACCGCAAUGUAUGGAACCGUUUACGCACAACUCGUGAUCGAUAACACUCAUUACGGCUUACACGCUUUCGUAGUACCGAUUCGGGAUCCCAAAACUCUACUUCCGUUUCCCGGAAUAGAGGUGGGCGAUAUGGGACCCAAAAUAGGAUUGAACGGAAUCGAUAACGGUUUUAUUCGUUUCAUGAAUUACGAAAUUCCUCGCGAAAAUUUGUUAAACAAAGUGGCCGACGUUACCGAAGACGGUCGCUACGUUACUCCGAUUAAAGAUCCCAACAAGAGACACGGAGCCGCAUUGGGGUCUCUAUCGGCUGGUAGAGUCAAUAUAGCUGGAAUGUGCGACGCACUCGGCGCAAAAGCUUUAACAAUUGCUAUCAGAUACGCCGCCGUGCGUAAACAAUUCGGACCGGAAAAAGAAGAAAUUCCCAUUUUGGAAUAUCAAAGCCAUCAAUUUCGACUUAUCCCGUAUUUAGCGGCGCUUUACGUAAUCAGAAAUUUCAAUACGUUCUUUUCCGAACAAUUUAUACAUUUCAGUAUAAAUAAUAUAACCGGUAAAGGCUCACCUGAAAUGGGAAUCGAAAUUCACGGUUUAUCUUCGGCUAGCAAACCGUUAGCCGGAUGGAUAAUGAAGGAAGCCAUCCAAGAAAGUAGAGAAGCUUGUGCUGGACAUGGAUAUCUUCAUGCUGCCGGUCUCGGCGAUGUCAGAAACGAACUGGAUCCAAAUUUGACUUACGAAGGAGAAAACCACGUCCUUAUUCAACAAACUAUUAAUUGGCUUUUAAAAAUGGCACCACAAGUUUUACAAGGAAGCAAAAUUUCCAGUCCCUUACAAUCGUUGGAUUUCUUAUCUAACGGUUUAGAUAUUCUGAAAAAUUCUAGGUUUACAGCGAGAGGUUUCGAUGAAGUUUGCCAUCCAGAAAGUGUUAUUAAAACGUUCCAAUGGUUGGUUCUAUUUUUACUAAAAUCUACUCACGACAAAGUAGAAGAAGAAAUUAAAUCUGGGGAGAAUGUUUUUACUGCGAAAAAUAACAGUCAAGUUUAUUUCGGCAAGAGUUUAGCCAUUGCCUUUAUACAGCAUUACAGUCUACAAAUAAUGUUGAAAAAAAUAAACGAAGCUGAAGAUCUUGCCAUUAAACGAGUACUUACGAGAUUAUUUUCUUUGUACGGUUUAUGGGCGAUAGACAAAUGGCAUAUGGCAACGUUGUACAAAGGUGGUUUCGCUACUGGACCUUCAGCUUCUGUUUUAAUUCAAAACGCCGUACUACAAUUGUGUCGAGAUUUAAAAGACGAUGCAGUUGGAUUAGUAGACGCUAUAGCGUUACCGGAUUGUUUCUUGAGAUCAGUUUUAGGCGCUUCAGAUGGACAGGUGUACAAACAUCUGUACGAAUCUAUGACUAAAAAUAAAUAUAACAUGAAUCGUCCACCAUGGUGGAAGGACGUUGUUGAUUACACUGAGAAAAAUAGUAAAAGUAAACUUUAAUCUAUAAAUUUGCAUAUUUUGAUAUAAUUAAUUCACGGUGAUUGGUUUAAUUGAAUUUAAGAAAAUAUUUAUCAAACUUUAUCCUAAUAAUUCAUUUUGACGAUGUAAUUCUGUGAUAUAACCCUACUUUUUUCCAUUCAAGAACUUAAUCAGAUGCCUUAACAGUUUGUGAUCGUUUUUUAGCAUACUUCGAUAAUUAUUUUAAUAAAUAUUUGUUGCUAAA